AAUGUAGAGAGAGAGUAUGUAUGUGUAAUUAUAUUGAAUGAGAGAGACAUUGGUGGUGAAAGGUGUUAGCUAUGGUCUUAUUACUAUCUUCAACGAGAGUUGCCUGAAGGGGUUUUUUUUUCCCCGAGAGAUUCUCCAAAAUUUAAUCUUUUUGUGAUCUUUGAGAUAUGGUUUCUGCUUGGAAGGGCUUCUGAAUUUCUAUGUAAAAUUUUGGGAUCUGUUUACUUUUUUUUUUGGCCCGUCCUCUCUCUCCUGGCGUUGGUCCUAGGGUUUGAGCCUUUUGACUCUCUUUCGUCUUUCUUGGAUUCCUUCCCCUUGGGCUUUCUUUCUCGUACUUUUGCUGGUUGAAAUUGUGCGUUUCACUUUUCUUCUUCUUCUUCUUCUUCCUCAGUGAAAUUCUUCUGUUCACUUUUGGCUUAUUUCCAUAUCUGCUCCUUGUUAAUCCAUUUGAAGCGAUAAUCUUUUCUGGGUUCUCAAAAAGCUUCUGUUUUGGGGCUCUUCUGAUCUGCUUCAGGAUCUUCUCUUCUCGUCGGGAUUUCUAGGGUUUCCUGAUGGCUCGGAAGAUAAAACCCUUGUUGUCCCUCUUCUGAAUCUCCGAAGGAAAAGCUUCCAUUUUUCGGCGUUUCUGAAUCAUUUUUGUUUUGCUGAGAGAUCAAUGCAUUUUUCUCUGUGGAAGCAAAUUCACCAUUGCGCUGCUCUGAUCUUGGAUAAGAGUAAGAGCAGGAGGAGGGAUGAGUCCGAUUCAACGGUUAACGUCAAGAAGAAGGCUUCCAUUCUUCGGAAAUUGUACGAAGAUAAGCUGAGGGAAGCUCUCGAAGAAGCAUCUGAAAAUGGGUCGCUCUUCAAAUCGCAGGACAUGGACGAGGAGAAUCAAGAUGGGAGCUUGGGCCGAUCCAGAUCCCUAGCGAGGCUCCACGCCCAGCGCGAAUUCCUUCGCGCCACCGCCUUAGCUGCAGUGCGCGUUUUCGAGUCGGAUGACGCCAUACCUGAGCUCAGGGAAGCUUUUGACAAGUUCCUCACUAUGUACCCAAAGUACGAGACAUCGGAGAGAAUUGAUCAGCUGAGGUCUGAUGAGUAUGUCCAUUUAUCAGCUUCUUCAAAGGUAUGCCUUGAUUAUUGCGGUUUCGGCCUCUUUUCCUACCUUCAAACUCUGCAUUAUUGGGAUUCUUGUACGUUUAGUCUCUCAGAGAUUACUGCCAAUUUGAGUAACCAUGCCCUUUAUGGCGGUGCUGAGCCGGGAACUGUGGAACAUGACAUCAAGACUAGGAUUAUGGAUUACUUGAACAUUCCCGAGAAUGAGUAUGGCCUUGUUUUCACUGUAAGCAGAGGUUCUGCUUUCAAAUUGUUAGCAGAAUCCUACCCGUUUCAUACAAACAGGAGGCUGUUGACUAUGUUUGAUCAUGAGAGUCAGUCUGUGAAUUGGAUGGUCCAAACUGCACGGGAGAAGGGUGCUAAGGCGUAUAACGCUUGGUUCAAAUGGCCAACCCUGAAGCUUUGUUCCACGGAUUUGAAAAAACGGCUGUCUUAUAAGAAGAGGAGGAAGAAGGAUUCUGCAGUGGGGUUGUUUGUGUUUCCUGCCCAGUCUAGGGUUACUGGCGCAAAGUACUCUUACCAGUGGAUGGCUCUUGCUCAGCAGAACAACUGGCAUGUCUUGCUUGAUGCCGGUUCAUUAGGUCCAAAAGACAUGGAUUCUCUUGGGUUGUCCUUGUUCCGACCAGAGUUUAUCAUAACCUCAUUCUACAGGGUUUUUGGCUAUGACCCUACAGGAUUUGGUUGCCUCUUGAUUAAGAAGUCGGUAAUGGGUAGCCUCCAGAGUCAGUCCGGGAAAACAGGGUCGGGAAUAGUGAAGGUCACUCCUCAAUAUCCUCUAUAUCUCAGUGACUCGAUAGAUGGCUUGGAUGGAUUGGUUGGUUUGGAGGAUCAUGAUGUUGGUACGGAUGGAGAUAAAGCCACGGAAAUUCGCCCUGGUUCUCAGAUGCCCGCUUUCUCUGGUGCAUACACAUCAGCUCAAAUGAGGGAUGUGUUUGAAACAGAGCUCCAAGAGGAUAAUAUCUCUGACAGAGAUGGAACAAGCACCAUAUUCGAAGAAACCGAAAGCAUUUCAGUCGGCGAAGUGAUGAAAAGCCCGGUUUUCAGUGAAGACGAGUCAUCGGAUAAUUCAUUUUGGAUUGAUUUGGGUCAAAGUCCACUCGGUUCUGACAAUGCUGGCCAGCAAAAAAUCGCCUCUCCACUGCCGCCAUUUUGGCUCACCAGCAAAAAGAACCAGAAAAGACUCUCACCAAAACCGGUACAAAAGGUUUACAGCAGUCCCUUAUAUGAUGGUAAAGAUGUCCUCUCAUUUGAUGCCGCUGUUAUGUCAGUAACUCAGGAGGCAGACAAAUCUCCCUUCUCAAAGUCUACUCCCUCACGGAAUCUGAGGAACGCUCAUAAUCUCCAUGUUCAAGAGAUACAGGAAGAAAACAAUGGCAGCAGCAGCAUUAUGCUUAGAGCAGGAUCUGAAUUCAGAUCAUCAUAUGGGGCCCUGGGUAAUAGCAUGGCAAACGGCUCAACCUCUGAAAUCUGCCCAGAGAUUAAAGAGAGCGCCAUUAGACGAGAAACGGAAGGAGAAUUCAGGUUACUGGGAGGGAGGGAAGGCAGUAGAUGUUCGGGUGGGAGGCUUUUGGGUUUCGAAGAUGAACACCCGAGCAGGGGGAGAAGAGUUUCCUUCAACAUGGAACGUGUCAGCCAUAGUUUAGAGCCAGGGGGUGAACCAUCGUUAGAAAGUCUCAAUGACGAAGACUACACAAGCGAUGCAGCUGAUAACCCGGAUGAAGACGAGUGGGAUAGAAGGGAGCCCGAGAUUGUUUGCCGUCAUAUUGAUCAUGUCAACAUGCUUGGUCUUAAUAAAACCACGACCAGACUUAGGUUUCUGAUCAACUGGUUGGUGAUCUCAUUGUUACAGCUAAAGGUGCCUGAAUCUGGAGGAGACGGCAGAAACAUGAAUCUUGUGCAAAUCUAUGGCCCGAAGAUAAAAUACGAACGAGGAGCAGCGGUUGCAUUCAACGUGAGGGACAGACACAGAGGAUUCAUAAGUCCAGAGAUGGUCCUGAAACUCGCGGAAAGGGAAGGUAUUUCUCUUGGGAUUGGGAUAUUGAGCCAUAUACGCGUAGUGGAUGUCCCAAGAAUCCAUCGAGGAGGAGCAGCCAUGGCAGAAGAUGGUGGAGCUCUGCAACUGCAGGCAGAGGCCAGGCGACGCAGUGGCAAAAGUGGGUUCAUAAGGUUUGAGGUCGUGACGGCUUCUCUUAGCUUCUUGACAAACUUUGAGGAUGUCUACAAGUUGUGGGCUUUUGUCGCAAAGUUUCUCAAUCCUGCCUUCGCCAGAGAAGGCUCUCUCCCUACAGUCGAGGAAGAAGCAGAAGCAGAAGCAGAGGAGUCGGAAACAUGAGUUCUUGAAAAAAAAAGAAUGGUCGAAACCUUUGAAAGCAUAGACUACACGGCCAUGGAUGCAUCAAGAGACCUGAACACAGUGCAGCCCCCAUGGCCAAGGCCAUCUCUGACCAAAAAAGGCUCUUGGAAAUUGGAACUGUGAAACGAGAAUUGUUUUUUUGAUUGGAUGUGUUUGGUGUUUCUUUGCAAGUUCUUCUGCUCAUUUGUCUGUAAUAUCAUCAGGGGAGAAACUCUUUGUAAUCUGACAGCAGAAUUUAUUGGACAAAUGUUUCCACUUCCUA